UUUUAUUUUAUUUGAUCUAUUUAGUAUAUUUUAUUAUAUCUGGUUCAAUUUAUAUAAGUUCAUUUUUUGGUAUGUGCUUUACAUAUGGCUGAUCCUAACAAUACAAAUAUUGCCACAAUACUAAAAAUUGAAGAUAAAGAAGCUGGUGCUAGUUUUGCUCAGGUUAUUGAUAUUGACUUAAUCAACAACAAAGACAAUGAAGUACACGAUGUUCAUUUUUGUGAUGUUUAUUUAAAUGAUGUUUGUUCAAGACAUCUUAAUAAAGAUUUAUUAAAAAUUGAAGACAUUCAAAACAAAGAUAUUGGAAAUGAAAAACGACAAUAUAGUCGAGAGUUUUUACUUCAAUUUCAAUCUGCUCCAAUAUGUUCUUUAAAACCUCUAGGACUACCUGACAUUGAUAUUGUACUAAAUGAACCACAUGAUCCCACUAAAGCUUUAAGUCCUGGAGAAGCUCUAAUUACUAAUGACUUCAUACCUAGUUAUAUGAAGCCAAUAAGAAACCCUUUAGAAAAUGAUAGGUUCAAAGGAAAUGAUUUUAAUAAAAGAUCAGGUGAUAGAAAUACUUUCAUCAUUGAUCUACCAAUAGUAAAUCUGCAAAAUUUAAAAAAAGUAAACUCUUCUAAAAUGCUGAAAAUUUUGACAGAAGAGAAAGAAUUAAGAGAAGAAAUUAAAAGAAAAAUGCAUGGAAUACUGAUGGCACCAAAAAAGUUUAUGUCAAUUCCUGAAAAAGUGAAAAUUAAAAUCCUCAAUGAAUUUAAAAUAGAUAAUAAGGAAAAGUUAGAAGUGGUUGUUGAUCUUAUAUUUGAGAAAGCAGUUAGCGAUCUUGUUUUUAGUUUUGAAUAUGCCAACUUAUGUCAUUGCAUAAUUGAUUGUUUAAAGAAACCUGUGACUGGUUUAACAUCUAAUGAAGAAGUUAUGUUCAAUAGAGUUCUUUUAAAUAAAUGUCAGACAGAACUUGAAAUUUUGUUAGACAAAAGUAAAAUAAUCAAUGGUUCAGAGAACUUUGGCAAAUUAUGUUUUAUUAAAGACCUGUUCAAGUCCAAACUUUUUAGGCAUGAUAAAGAAAAUUUGGAACAUACUGAAGCUAUGUCAAUAGACAUUUUUGAUGAGUCAAACACAUGGAGAAGUGUUCUUGGCUUUCUAAAAUACCAAAAACCAAUUGCUUCAGUAAAUAUGUAUCGGGAAUCUAUCUAUCAUCAAGAAAUGAGAAAAAAAACAAAAUUUAUUAUAUAUGAAUAUUUAUGUGCAAAAGACACAUGUGAAGUUAUAACUUGUUUAAAAGAAGUUAAUUGUUCAUAUCUUCAUUACAUUUUUAUUGAAGAAGCUAUUGCAAUUGUUAUAGAAAUGAAAUCAGAAGAAAGAAAGUCCAUCGGUGCAUUGAUUCAUGAUAUGAUAAUUAAAAAUGUAAUAACUAUUGAUCAAUUAUGUAAAGGGCUUGCAUCUGUUGUGCAAAAUGCUCCAGAAUAUACGAUUGAUGUACCAUAUUUUUAUAAAUAUCUUGGGGAAGUGAUAGGUCCUAUGGUUUAUGACGGUGUGCUUCCUCUUAACAGAGUUGUAUACACUUUAGAACCUUUAGUCAAGCAAAACAAAGCAGGUGAUGUUAUGGCUGAGACUUUAUCAGUUGCUGUUCAAAUUGCUGGUAAAGAAGAAUCAGUUAGUGAACUGUGGUCUAAGUCAAAUAUCAAAUGGGAGAUGUUAUUAAAUAAUGAUGAAAAUGUAGAUAAAUUUAUAAAAGACAAAAAAAUGGAGUUUUUAAUGAAUUCAACUUCAAGUAAUAAAAGUCAUUCAAAUAAUGUUCUGAAAGGUCUGUUACGUAUACUUCAAGAAAAAGGCGACAAUAAUAAAAUAACAUCCUAUAUUGAUAGUGAAUGUAGCAAUUGUAAAUCUGACCCAUAUUUUAUAAAAGAUCUAACGUCAAUGAUUUGCAAAAGCACUCUUGUUGAAGAUGCGACAAAUACGCGUAGCUGUAACAAAGAUGAAUUAGAGAAACGUAUAAAUAUUUUAUUAAAGUAUAUUGAUGGAAAUAAAAAUUUAGAAUUAUUUGCGUUGUAUGGUAUUCAGCAGCUUGUGACAACGUUACAUCACCCUAUAGGUCUUGCUAUUGAUUUAUUUCAAGAAUUAUAUAACCGCGAUAUUAUAUCAGAGGAGACAUUUUUUACAUGGGAAUCAAGUAAAGAAUUCCCAGAUGGAAAAGGAAAUACAAUUAGUUCGGUAAAAGACUUUUUAUCUUGGUUACGUAAAGCUGAAGAAGAAUCUAACGAAGAAUUCUACUCAGGUUUUUAAUUAGCCGAAAUAAUCUUUAAUAAAAUAUUUUAGAAAAAUAGCUUAUAGCAUGCAGGAUAUCGCAAAUUGUUUCUAUUUUUUUCAUAUUUAAAAUGGCAUUAGUCCCAAUUUUACUAGACUUUCUUUUUUCAAUAUUAUCAAUCACGAACCUAAACGUAAUCUUCUCAAACAAACCUAAAUAAAUUUUGUUUUUUUAAUUAAGUUACUUAGAACUUUUCUCUUGGACUUUUUUUUAAAUGUGUUUUUUAUGAUCUAAAUCAGAACUUAAAACAUUUUACCAUUGCAUUAAAUAAAAAAAACUGACACUACAAUUCAGGAAAUGAUUCAAUUUAUACUGCAGAUGAAGUUUUGAUGGCUGUAAAGAGAUUAUAAACUUUUACUAAA